AUGUCCAGCAGAAACAUUGAAUCAACAACAUGGUUUGAUCAUUUUCCUACUGAAAUUAUUCUUCAUAUAUUUGAUUAUCUAUCAACUAAUGAUAUUAUCUAUACAUUCUUUGAUUUUAAUCAACGAUUAAAUACUUUAUUAUUAAAAAAUCGAUCCUAUUUCAAAUAUUUCGAAUUACCAACAACCAAUAUAAAUUUUUGGAAAACUAUUCUCUCAAUUAUUGGUUCAAAAAUCGAAUGUUUAUAUAUUAGUACGAUUAAUUUAAGAUUUUCAUUAUCAUAUUUUUCAAAUUUGAAAUCCAUAAUUAUUUCUUCAUCACAUGGCUUUCCAAAUGAAGAAUUAAAUGCAAUAAUUGACAGUGAACAAUUUACUAAUCUACAUUCAUUUAAAAUUAAACAAGAAAAAAUAUUCUUGGACAUUACGUAUUAUGAUUUUCCAUUGAAUCAAAAUGAUUUAUUAAAUAAAGUAUUUAAUAAUAAAAGUUUAUUAAAAAUAUUUCAAAGUUCAUUAUUAUUACUGCCUUUUUCAAUAAUACCUAUUGAUGGCAUAACACAUAAUUUUAAUUUACAUUCAUUAACAUUAGUAUUAUUCAAUUUUGGAGAUGUAUUUAAAUUGAUCGAAAACACACCUAAUUUAAGAUAUUUAAAUUUUCAAUCAAAACCACCGUAUACAUCUGAACAACUGAUCAAUACAAUUAAUUUAAAAUUAAAACAAUUUCAUUGGACAUUAAUCCACACAGGGCCAACGAUUAUAGGAUAUGAAUAUACUGGAACCGAUUUUGAUCAAUUGACAAGUGCCAUAAAAAUAUUUUCAUCAUCAUUAAUUUGUUUAUCACUCAAUUUAAUUAAUUUAUCUAUCAGAACUACAGAAAGAUUUCCAUUCAAUAGCAUUAAACUACGACAAUUAUUAGAAUCAAUGAUAGAACUUAAACAAUUUCAUCUUUAUGCUAGGCUAUAUAAAGAACCAAUUGAUAUUGAGAAUGUUUUAUCACAGUUUAAAACUCAAUAUUGGUUUGAUAAGAAUUUAUCAUUUGGAAUGCAUGGAACAUAUUUUUACACAUUACCAUUUUAUUUUGAUGAUCUUUAUGAAUUUUCUAUAGGUUUCGAUAAUGUUAAAACAAACAACUGUGAUAUUUUAAUAAAUAACCAUCGAAUAUGGCAUAAUGUUAAAUCUGCUCAAUUAUGUAGAACCAGUAAUAAUUAUUUGAGUUUAAUAGAAACUCUCAAAAUUCAAAUGCCUAAAUUAAGUACAAUUAGUUUCGGCUCUUACUUUAAAUAUCUCCGAAAUGAAACAGAAAGACAUCAUUUGAAUAGUGUCACAACUUUUCAUUUUGCGUAUUCUCAUAUUGAAAUGGAAAUGGAUUUAUUAAUGAAUAUAUUACCAAAUUUAAACCAUUUGAUUUUAUCUGAGCCAAAAAGCGAAUUCACUAAAAUAUUAAAUAGUAAAAUUCAAAAAUUGUAUAUAAAUAAUUAUCCCGAAAUGGAAAAAUUAGCAGAAAUAAAUUAUGUUCAUUUUUGUAAUGUUAAAUAUAUAAAUAUUAAUCUGUUUAAUAAUUUGGAUAAAUCACAAUUAUAUGCAAAUAUUAUUAUGAAAAUAUUGAAAAAUUGUAAAAGUUUAGAUACAUUAUUAUUAUAUACUCUUCAUCUAGUUAGAUAUGAUACAUUUUCUUCUAGUGAAACACAACUUAGUAAAGUUAUUGAAUAUUUAGAUAUAGAUGAAAUUCUAAAUAACUAUCGAAUGAAAUAUUUUCAAAAUUAUUUAAUAUUUUCAAAAGAGAUAGUUGAUUUAUAA